GCCACGCAUUUUACUCAGUCAGUCUGAUCCGCAGCGGGCCGCUCGUAGGGCCUGUACUUGAUCCACGCAGCCUGCAUGUCUUUGGCGCUCAACGGAAGAGGCUCGCCGCCUGGUGGAGUGGACACACCGCAAUGAGGGAAAAGAACGGGUGAUCAGGACUUCUUGCUGGGUCUGUGUGGUGUGUGUGGUCUGUGUGAUGUGUGAGUACAUACCGGGGGGGAAGGCCUCGCAGUGCUCGACACACUUGUCCAGGAGCGAGUGCAUCUCAGACACAGACUUGGCCCUGAUGAAUAAAGCAAUAAGCCACAUGAACGCAUCUAUCUAGUGAGGGCACGCGGUCAGUGGUGUGCUCAGCCACGCACACCCUCCCUCCCUCCCUCCCUCACUUGUAUCGCUGUCCGUGGCUGGGCAGCACCCACAGGAAGGAGAACUGCUUCAGCACCCUCACCGACUCAAUCUGCGUCGACCAGUCGUACCAGCAGGCGGCUCGCAAGCAGGUUAGCGAUCGGCUGCGGUGCGAGUAACCCAGGUGGUCGCCGGUCAUCAACAGGCGAUCCUUGUACAACACACACUGACACCAAGAACCACACCAUUUCAUUUGUCCCACUCUGCUCUGUCCUACUUGACCACUCCCACCCCAUUCAAUCAAUGCAUUCGCUCACCAUGUGACCUUUGGUGUGUCCCGGCGUGUGUACGAGCUUGACGUCUGGGUCGCCGUCAGGGAGGGAUGACACUGGCCCCUUGCCACGCACCCAGUGCUCCAAGCCAUAAGUAGACUCGAAGUAGACAGACAAGUAACACGCCUGAGCAGACAGACAGAGCCGAAAGAACGAAAGGAAGGACCGACCAGGUUGGCAUGGUGGUCCAUGCCAACAUCCAUCCAUCAACCGGGUGCACCACCCGCAGCCCGUGCAUUCAUAUCGCACCGCACCCACCUCGUCUGAGUGCAGCACCCCUUCGCACCCCGUCUGCUUCCUCCAGAAGCGGAGGCCGCUGAUGCUGUCCCUGUGUGUCAUAAUCAGGUACUUGACGCCACCUUGCUGCAUGACGAAGUCCACCACCUGCUUGGCCUGGCUGGCGGGCUCCACCAUGAUGUUGCCCCUACCCUCACGGACGAUUAGGUAGCUCUCUGAGCCGAUUGGGGGGGUGACGGCGCCCAGGCAGUAGAACUGAUAGCCGUCGCCCGAGUCAAUGAGCUCGGGGAAGCCCUCCCACUCGCUGGUCUCCUGCAUGAGGGCGGCGGGCAGCUUGGUCCAGUGGAUGGCCUUCGGGGGACAACUGACAGCGUUAGCGAGGGAACGAGUGUGUUAGUGCUGGCGUGUUGGUACAAGAAUGUGCUCGUGUGUGAGAGAUCUUCUUACUUUUCACUGCUCGUCUCGUCUGAAUGAACUCUUCGCGCGUGGAGGGCUGCUUCUUGACGUAUGCACCUGCAGACACACACACACAUCCAUCCACCAUACGAACGAGCAAGUACUGAAGUCGGUCCACCUAUCUGCCCUCUCCCGCUUACGACUCAUCUCAAUCUCCCCAAAUACAGACGGGCAUGCGUUGCGGCAACAUCCGAGCCCCAUACAGAGGUCAACAUUCACCUUAACAGCACCGUACUCGCCCGCGGGCGGCGCGGCAGGUUGCUGGAUCUUGUACUUCAGCAGCUCCUCCUGCUCCCUCCUCGCCGCACGCCUGCAUGUCAGCAUGCGAACGACAACCAACGGAGUCAUCUGACGUAUCGCUUUUGCCACCAGGUGUUCACCGACGUACCAUUUGCUGUGGAUGUAGAGGAGUGCUGAGCCAGCGCCGACGGCAGCAGCAGCCAAUGCUGCGUAGCGCCAGUGUUUGUCAGCACUCUCGGACGACAUUGCACCAACUGAUGCUUUUGCCAGAGUCGCUCCAGCAGAUCAGUCCAGUCCAGACCAGAUCCCUUAUUCCAAACAGAGGAAGGCGACAGCACGGCUCCGCCGAGCUGUGGAAUGGCAAAGACUUGGUGUGGA